AUGGCUUCAUCACAGGAAGGAGUAGAAGACAUUCCCCCCUCAGGCAGCAACAUCGAUACUCAUACUGAUACCGAGGGAGACGAGUUGGUUGCCAAUCCCGGCGCGCUCUGGUUGCGGCUAUCUGACUUCGAGCGGCACAUAGCCCGCACUCGGAAAGAUAUUCUGAAUAGCGGUGAGUCGGUGACCGCAGUUGACCUGAGAGAAUGCGUCCAUAAUGCUAGGGCGGACUGGCCGGCGGCAAUGGAGCCCUUCAAAGAUGUUGAAGAUGCCAUCGAACGUCUGUUGCCAUAUCACGCGUGCUAUGAGCCAGGUGCUGAUGCGGACGACUCCGCGGCACACCUUGAUACCGUAAUUGCAAAUAUCGGCGCACGAGUACUUGCCAUUAACAAGCAGACCAAGUUGUGCCGGGAAGCCACAAAACGAGACGCAGCAAAGCGGAAGUUGAAUGUUGUGAAAUCCAUUGAGUUGGAAGAAUUAAGCCACAAGAGUGGACGGCUCCGGCAGGAAAGUAAGUCGAUCUCUGGUGAGGGUCGAGCUCAUGACGGUGAUGGCUUUGUUGACCCUCUACGACUCAUGGACACGCUAAGAAUGGAAUAG